UGGGCUUGAUGCUGCAAGACCUCCUGGGAUUCAGAGCGGACAUGGACAUGUCGGAAGAAGUACCUGGCCAAUCUAAGAUUGAAGAAGAUGAUUGGUGGAUUGCGGAUGAAUGUCAUGGAGGGAUGUCCGGUCAGCUGCUGUCGGGAGAACUGAAGGAUCUCAAGCCAGAACAUGCUUUGGCGUCGACUCAGGCAUUACUGUGCAGCUGUAAUGUGCCAGGCAGCCUGCCACGGGAGGGCUGCAUCAUUAUUGUGGACUCAGACAGCGACGAAGAAUUGGAGCCCUUUGUGACCAAAAAGAAGCAGCAGAAACAGAACAUUAGCUGUGUGGUGAUUGACUCAGACUCUGAGGAUGAGUACUUCCGUGAGAACGUCAGAGCUCAGGCAUAUGAAAUAAGCAGUGAAGAUGAGGUUCUAUAUGUGUCUUCUAACAUUGAGAAGCCUGCCAUCGAUGAGCCUCCAAUAGUUAUUUCUGAUGAUGAUAGUGAUUUCGAGGGCCCCGUGAUGAUCAUAGAUGACAAUUUGUGUGGUCAGGGCCAAAGCUCCUCAAAUGAAAAAGAGAUGGAGGCCUUUGAUGUCUGCCAGCACAAUUCAUCUGCUGGUGUUGCUGAGCUGGGCGCUGGUGAAAAUCUCUGCCCACUGCCAGGUGUUGCUGAGACUGAGGUGGAGAUUCCAAAUGAAGAGCCAGCACCUGUGGUGGAGCAACCAAGGAAAAGGAAGAGCAAAACCAAAAAUAUAUGUGUGGUGCCCGCUGUUACAGCACCAAAAACACGUGGGCCUUCAAAGAGGUUUGCUUCUAAGAGGAAGUCCCAUGCAGCAAAAUGUGACAAAAGCCACACUGGGCAUUCCAUUUGUGAAAUACCUGGAUGUUUCUUGCAUGACGUGGAAAAGGCAAAGCAGUAUUCUGGAAGGAAGUUCAAGAAAAAUAAGGACAGCCUGGUUCAGGAAAUGUACAGUCUGUUUAACAGAUCUGUCUUUGACAAAAAGCUGCCAGAGAAAAUCGAUAUCGGCUGGAAUAAGAAGAUGCUGAGAACUGCUGGCUUGUGCACCACUGGCGAGACACGGUACCCGAAGAAGGAGCGUUACGCGAAGAUCCAGAUUUCUCUGAAAGUCUGCGACUCCGCAGACCGCCUUCGGGAUACUUUGAUCCAUGAAAUCUGCCACGCGGCCUCCUGGCUGAUUGAUGGUGUUCGUGAUUCUCAUGGCGACUCAUGGAAGUUUUAUGCCAAAAAAUCGAACCUGGUGCACCCAGAGCUGCCCCUGGUCACCCGUUGCCAUAACUACAAGAUUAACUACAAGAUUCAUUAUGAAUGCACUCAGUGCAAAGCCAGAGUCGGCCGCUACACCAAAUCAUUGAACACCGACCGCUUUAUCUGUGCCAAGUGCAAGGGGACUCUGGUCAUGCUGCCGCUAACUCGUAAGGAUGGGACCCCCAUUGCGCCCCAUGUGAGACCAUUUGCCAAGUAUGUGCAGGAGAAUUAUAGAUUGGUUAAGCAGUCAGCGGAAGGGCUAAGCCAUGGCGAUGUGAUGAGACAGCUCAGCAAGGAUUAUGCCCUUAAGCACAAGCGAAAUCCUUAAGGUUAUCUGAGACUAUACUCGUGCGAGCUGAGUCCUCCACUGCUAAGAAGUUUUAGAAAACAUUUGUUUCUGCAAUGAAUACUAGGAUUUAAGUGCGUUUUUAUAGCUUCAUACUGUAGUGAUUGUUCUUAACUAAGGAUUCUGUUGGUAACCAUUCUGUGCCUUUGACAGUACUCAGAAGCCCUUUGGGUCCACCUUGGGUGUUACUUAGACUCCAUAGUUUUAAGACAUAGAACAAAAUACAGUAAGAGAAGCACAUAGUUUUAAGAUUAAGACAUAGAACAAGAUACAAUAAGAGAAACCCAUAGUGUUAAGACCAUAGUUUUAAGAUUAAGAUGUAGAGGGGUGCCUGGGUGACUCAGUCGGUUGAGCAUCCGACUUCGGCUCAGGUCAUGAUCUCAUGGUUUGUGAG